UGACAACCAGCAGCUGCUAGGCUCUCCGCAUCUACCGCAGCAGGGGUGGGGCUGUGGGGGUGGGGGAGGGAGGGGAGGAGCCAGGGGAGGUGUCUGCUGCAAGUUCCUGGCUGCUUCUGAGCUCACCCCAUCCUCCAAGAGGGAGGAGGCCCGAAUGAUGCUGCUGCUGUUGCUGCCUCUGCUGCUGGUAAUCUAGUGUUGCUGGAAGGGUGGUUCCUGUUCACAUCGUUGCCAACCAGAGAGGGAGGGAAAAGAAAAAAAAAAAACCCAGCAGCCGCUGCUGAUGUUGGCUUCGGAGGCAGCAUCCGACUUGGUCGCAAGGAAAAUGGAUUCAGUUUGUAUCCCUCCCUCCUUCCCACAGCUUCUCCGGGUGUCAGCAUGGGCUUCCAGAGCAGCAGUUGAAGACGCCUUACCAAGGAGCAGCACCACGCUGUAGAUGCUGAGACCUCGCACCUCAGGAUAAGAAACAGUACCAUGGCAGUACCCGUUUGAACGGAUUAAAAACAACAGACUCCAUUUAGAAAGGGGAAAAAAAUGUCCAAGAAAGGGCGAAAUAAGGGCGAGAAGCCCGAGGCACUCAUUGUCGCCCUUCAAGCUGCCAAUGAAGACCUCAGGACCAAGCUCACAGACAUCCAGAUAGAGCUGCAUCAGGAGAAGUCCAAGGUGUCCAAGCUUGAAAGAGAGAAGACUCAAGAAGCGAAGAGGAUCCGCGAGCUGGAGCAGCGCAAGCACACCGUCCUGGUGACGGAACUCAAAGCCAAGCUCCACGAGGAGAAGAUGAAGGAGCUGCAGGCCGUGAGGGAGAAUCUCAUCAAGCAGCAUGAGCAAGAAAUGUCACGGACAGUGAAGGUGCGGGAUGGAGAGAUCCAGAGGCUCAAGUCUGCCCUGUGCGCUCUCCGGGAUGGCAGCAGUGACAAAGUACGGACAGCGCUCACCAUCGAAGCCCGGGAAGAGGCCCGGAAACUGUUUGAUGCAGAGCGCCUUAAGCUCUUACAGGAAAUUACAGACCUAAAAACAGCCAAGAAGCAGGUGGACGAGGCUCUGAGUAAUAUGAUCCAAGCGGAUAAAAUCAAGGCCGGGGAUCUCAGAAGUGAACAUCAGUCUCACCAAGAAGCCAUCUCAAAGAUCAAGUGGGAGUCGGAGCGGGAUAUUCGGAGGCUGAUGGAUGAAAUCAAAGCCAAGGACAGGAUCAUCUUUUCCCUGGAAAAGGAACUGGAAACCCAGACAGGCUAUGUACAGAAACUCCAACUGCAGAAGGAGGCCUUGGAUGAGCAGCUCUUCCUAGUCAAAGAGGCCGAGUGCAACAUGAGCAGUCCCAAACGAGAAAUUCCAGGAAGGGCCGGAGAUGGCUCUGAGCACUGCAGCAGCCCGGACUUGAGAAGAAAUCAAAAGAGAAUAGCUGAACUGAAUGCCACUAUAAGAAAAUUAGAAGACAGGAAUACCUUGCUUGGAGAUGAACGAAAUGAAUUGUUAAAACGAGUACGGGAAACUGAAAAGCAAUGCAAACCUCUCCUGGAAAGGAACAAGUGCCUCGCCAAGAGAAAUGAUGAACUGAUGGUGUCUUUGCAACGUAUGGAGGAAAAACUAAAAGCCGUUACCAAGGAAAACUCAGAAAUGAGAGAGAAAAUUACAUCCCAUCCGCCCUUGAAGAAGUUAAAAUCUCUAAAUGACCUUGACCAAGCUAAUGAAGAACAGGAGACAGAGUUUCUAAAACUUCAGGUCAUUGAGCAACAGAACAUUAUUGAUGAGCUCACAAGGGACCGGGAAAAACUCAUCCGUAGGAGAAAGCAUCGAAGAAGCUCCAAGCCCAUUAAGAGGCCAGUUUUGGACCCAUUCAUUGGAUAUGAUGAGGAUUCCAUGGAUUCGGAGACUUCAUCCAUGGCCUCAUUUAGAACAGACAGAACACCAGCUACUCCUGAUGAUGACUUAGAUGAAAGUUUAGCGGCUGAAGAAUCUGAGCUACGAUUUCGACAGCUAACAAAAGAGUAUCAGGCCCUCCAGCGAGCAUAUGCCCUCCUGCAGGAGCAGACUGGAGGCAUCAUUGAUGCCGAACGCGAAGCCAAGGCUCAAGAACAACUCCAAGCAGAGGUGCUAAGGUAUAAAGCCAAAAUUGAAGAUCUGGAGGCAACACUGGCUCAGAAAGGGCAGAUAGAAAAACAGGAAGCAGAAAACCAUCGACUACAGCAGGAACUACAGGAUGCCAGAGAUCAGAAUGAGCUGCUGGAAUUCCGAAACCUGGAGCUGGAAGAGAGAGAGAGGCGAUCUCCUCCAUUUAAUCUACAAAUCCACCCAUUCUCAGAUGGUGUGAGUGCUCUACAGAUCUACUGUAUGAAAGAAGGGGUCAAGGAUGUGAACAUCCCAGAUCUCAUAAAGCAGCUUGACAUCUUGGGUGAUAAUGGGAAUUUGAGAAAUGAAGAACAAGUGGCAAUCAUUCAGGCCAGCACGGUGUUAUCCCUUGCAGAGAAGUGGAUCCAGCAGAUCGAAGGCGCCGAGGCUGCCUUGCACCAGAAAAUGAUAGAACUGGAAAGUGACAUGGAACAAUUCUGCAAAAUAAAAGGCUAUUUGGAGGAAGAACUAGACUAUAGAAAACAAGCUCUUGAUCAAGCAUAUAUGAGAAUCCAGGAACUAGAAGCUACUUUGUACAAUGCUCUGCAGCAAGAAACUGUUAUCAAGUUUGGUGAAUUGUUAAGUGAAAAACAGCAAGAGGAGCUGAGGACGGCAGUAGAGAAGUUACGGCGGCAAAUGCUGAGGAAGAGCAGAGAGUAUGACUGUCAGAUUCUCCAGGAGAGAAUGGAGCUCUUGCAGCAAGCCCAUCAGAGAAUCCGGGACCUAGAAGAUAAAACAGAUAUCCAGAAAAGGCAGAUAAAAGAUUUAGAAGAAAAGUUUCUGUUUCUAUUCUUGUUCUUCUCUCUUGCCUUUAUUCUAUGGCCUUGAUGUCAAGGUGCCUCUUACAGAAAAUUCAAAAAUCUGGAUCAUACCCCAGAAAGGCAAAUGCUUCUAAACCUUUGAAGAUGGCAAAAUUGUUUACACCAGUGCAAAGGAGAUCAAAAGCUGAGAACCUCCCUGUAGUCAAGACUGCAAUUGUGUACUUUAAAGCCAUUAUUCAAGGUUUCUUACUUGACAGUUCCUACAGGACCCCAUUGAAAAUCUACACUAUAUGCUGCAUUUACUGAAAUGUGUGUAUGUCAAACCAGAAGGAAAGAACUAUAAGCAAAUAUAAUGUGUAAAGAAAAAAAAAUUCAGCAACGGAACAGAAUCAGCCGAUCAAGCAAAGAUGUGUCUUGGGACAUGGAACCAAAGUUACAAUGAAACAUUCAACUCCUGCUGUGCAGGGGGAUCAUUUUAAUGUAACACCACACCCCCAUGGAAACACUAUUCCUGAAAAUAAACACCAUUUUAAAAAAAAUCAAAGCAAACAACAACAAAAAGGGUGGGUGGGGAAUGAAGCACGAGGAAUACCUAUGAGGAGCUAUUUACAAUAAAAUGUUUCAUUUGAAAAGUCUGGUUUCUUACUACAGGAAUUUUGCUUUUCUGUCUUUCUGCUUGUUUUAAACUCAGGAACAGAGGCAUCUGUAACGUGAAUGGAAGGAACUACUCUCCAUUUUUUUCCCCACUGCGAAGGUGGAGUUGGCCAAACGCUUUCCACAGAGAAGUGGAUCCCAGUGACCCUCACUUCACUGGCCACCAAGUCAAAGGAAUGGGUGAAUGUGACAUGAGAUAUAAAUGCAGAUUUGAUGUUUCUUUGUGCUUCUCUCACAUCUGCAUUCCUCCACUAGCAAUGGCUUGAUCUCACUCACAAUGAAACUUAAGAAGAUGAUAUCCUAAAUCACAAGAUCCCUUAGUUCUGUUGAUAAUGCCAACAUGGAUAGGGAACACGGGCCAGAAAGCACCUCUGAAUUCUUCAAUUUCUUUAAUACUGGUUUUCCAUUUAAAAUCGUCUGCAAAUGAACCUAUUGUAUGAUUUGGGCUAACAUCAUACAAGUGAUAAGUAAACUCCUACCAACAUUGGGUUUGCUACAGAGAUAUGAACAUGAAAAGGAAAUGGAUAUACUUGGGGCAAUCUUACCUCUUGUCAUUUAGAGUGAGAAGACAGCUGGCAGCAACAAGAUAGCUGUACUUUUUGUAAAGAAAAAAAUUAAAAAAUUAAAUAGAGAGGUAACAUUAUAUUGCUGAUAAGGUAAAUUUUCUACCAGAGACAACUAGAAAAAUGGUACUUUUCCUAAGUUAUGUAUUACUGAGUCUUAGAUUCCGCUCUGAGAGCAAAUAUAUGUUCUUAAAAAGCUAAUUUUACACUUCAUUUACUGUAGAUAACAAGACAACCUCAAUUUUUUUCCAAGAUUUGAUUUAUGGAGCUACAAUUUCAUGCAAUAGACAAAUGUGUGUUCGGAACCAAAAUGUCUUUCUGUGGAAUGCUACAUGAAUCUUUCGAUCUGUGAGUUCACUAGCAUCUUUCGAUUUCAACACUGGCAUUUUCAAAGCCAGAGUAAAAACUGAAGAAUCUACAAAAACAAAACAAAAAACUAGCAUUCUGGAGUCUCACUUUUUGUCUUUGUGUUGAAUAGUGACCCAAGUAUCUUUGGCCCAGUCACUUAACCUCUCUGUGCCUCAAUUUCCUCAUCUGCAAAAUGGGGUUAUAUGCUUUUUUUCAUAAAGUUUUAUUGCAAUCUCAGAACAAGAGGUGCUGAAAGUAGCACAAAGUGCUUUGUAAUUAUUGUAACUGCUGUAUUAUCUGACUUUCCUUUGUUGUGCAGAAAAAGAUCCCCCUGUGUAAUAAGAUGUUGCUUCCAUUUGGCAUUGAAGCACUGAGGUUUUCCCAUCAAGCUGCUUAGGGUAGUAUUAGCAAUAAAGAUGGAGAGAUCCAAAACCAGGAUGUCUAGUAAUGUAUAACAAUUACAUUAUCUCAUGCGACUGGACAGAAGAAUGUUUCACUUAAAGGGUAAGCAUCUCCUCCCUCUCCUGUUCCGCCUUCAUACCACCAGCCAAACCUCUACUUUCAUCACAAGAAAGCAACCAUGAAACAAAGGCUUGUACAGAGCGGAUAUUAUCAUGUCAUGAGCCAGAUGAUCUCGUUCAUU